UCAAGUGUGGUGUGCCUUUCAAACGGAGUUUUUGGAUCGAUCUCUUUCUCUCGAUCGAGUUCUCUGGGCUGCGAAAGUUCCACUGGACCGGAUCAUCAUGAUUGGUCACACAGGAUCACCCAGAUGAGUGGAGCGGAGCAUUUCUCCGGAAUGCGGGCAAUAGUUUUGGUCUCCUCUUCUUUAUUUUUUUCCUUUUCUUCCCAAAAAUCUCUGCAACGGCGAGUGCGACUGCGUAGCGGCAGCAAGCGGCGCAGCCUUUGAGAAAUCCAUCCCCUCCACCGCAUCUUCGUGUCUCAAAAAAAUCAUAGCUUUUUCCACUCUCUCUCUCUCGCUUGGCUCUUUUUCGAGCUCUGUGAGCGCAUCGCAGAAGAAGUAUCAUCGAGUCAUCCCAUCAUUGCUUUAUCGCUUCCAUUGUCUGGCUUCUCUCUUGAUCUCCAUCGCUCUAGCAGGUCAAAUUGUGAUGAUCAGAGCAAGGGGGUCCCUGCGCAAUAGUGAGAGUGAAAGCGGUCGAGCUAGCCUUGCAGUGAGCAAUCAAUUCCAUUUGCGUCCAAAGCUUUUCCUUUUCUCGCUUUCCUCUUUUUCGCUUAGCUCAUACAAACAGGAAUCGGUGUUUUCAAAUCCUACGCAUUCAUGUUUCGUGGGCCACGCCGACCAGCACCACGCCCACAAAGGUCCAACGCUAUAAAGCAUUUGCCCCUCUGCGGCAUCUGCUGCAAGCCACAAGAUCCAGCGAUUUCCUCCUUGUGGGCUCGAUAAUUUGCUGGAAACUGCUGCAACCCAUUUCUCCGCUGCGCUCUCUGAGCAAUCUCACGUCCUCGUUCCCUGCAUCGGCAGCGGGAACCGCGAGAUCCGAUUCGAUCUCCGCUGCCGGGCUUUUUGCUCGAUCCUCUGCCAAAUCCAAGCGCGAUUUAUAGCCUUGUCCCGUGUAGGACUUUCUCGAUUGUGUUCUUGUAUUGCAGGUUUUGAGGCAUCCAUCCCAUCCAUCCCAGCACAGCACAGCGCAAAACAAAUGCCCGGAAACGCGUCGAGUUGGGCAUUUGUCAAUUCUCCUCCUCCAUCUCGGAAAUAAUUUGGAGAGCGCCAGCCAGCAUCAAAACACCCAGUUUCCUUUCGUUUUCGUUAUCGUUUGCUUCCUCUUGAAUUGAACCAACAUCUCGUCCUGGAAUCGCUCGUCCUUUUGCUGUUGCUCUCAUCGAUUUCUUCUUUUUUCGGGUCUUUUUUCCUCAUUUUUUUCCUCCAUCUCUCUUGCCCUUCGUGCAACAGCCUGGAUCGAGCUCCACGCAGACAGACCACCCACAAAAAUAGAGAGAACUUCGCAAAGAACUACAAAGAGCCAGGGCUUUGGAGCUUUUCUUUUAUACGCCCGCUACGAAGGGAGCGUAUCUUCCUCUGUCUUGGCCAGGAGAAGCAGCGCGAGAUCUCGUUCUUCCUCGUACAAUCGCAAAGAAAAAGGAGUACGUAGAAAAAAAAGGGAAAAAAAACGUUUUUUUCUCAUGGAUUGACAAGCUUCUCUUCUACAGUUGGUUCUUCUUUCCUGCAUUCUCGAGGAAAGGAUGGAGUUUCGAAAGAGUAGAGCGAUUGUUCUUGCCGGGAUUGCUCUCGUGAUUCUCGUCCAAUUCUCCGCGGCGGCCGCGGCGGCGAAUCCAGACGUGGAUACGCUGCUCCGGAUCAAGAGCUACAUCCUCGACCCGCUCAACAAGCUCGAGAGCUGGAAGAUCGAGUCCUCCCAGGCAUCCGCGGCGCCGUGCUCUUGGCUGGGGAUCACUUGCGACCCGCGGAGAAAAGCCCAAGAUCGCAGCAACUCUUCCUCGAACUCGCCCGGCACCAGCGUGAUCAUCGCCAUCGACCUCAGCAGCAGCAAUCUCUCGGGCACAAUCUCCCCGGAGAUUGGAUCGCUGGGCGCGCUCCAGAGCCUCAAUCUCGCCCACAACAAUUUCACGGGCCCAAUCCCGCCAUCGCUCGCGCAAUGCUCGUCGCUCAAGCACCUCAACCUCAGUGACAAUGCGCUCUCGGAGAAGAUCCCAGCCGUCCUCUUUACGGGCCUCACACAGCUGGAGACCGUCGAUUUCUGGAUAAAUUCCCUCACGGGAACGAUCCCCCGGGAGGUGGGAUAUUCCCCGCGGCUGGAGCAUCUUGAUCUUGGCGGGAACUACCUCGAGGGUUCGAUUCCCGCGGAGCUCUUUAACCUCUCCUCGCUGCGCUAUCUUACCCUAGCGGGCAAUUCCCUCGUCGGCUCCAUCCCGGAGGAGAUCUCCAGGCUCCAGCGCCUGGAAUGGAUCUAUCUCGGCUACAAUCAGCUCAAUGGAUCCAUCCCGCGCGGCAUUGGAUCGCUGCGCGACUCGCUGCUCCACCUCGAUCUCGUCUUCAACGAUCUCUCGGGGCCGAUUCCAGGGGAUUCCAUCGCCAAUCUCUCCAGGCUCGAGUACCUCUUCCUCUACACGAAUCGCCUCUCGGGCGAGAUCCCAGCGUCGCUCGGCCGCCUCCGCCGCCUCAUCUCGCUGGAUCUCAGCAACAACACGCUCUCCGGCGCCAUCCCGGGAUCGCUGGCCGACAUUCCAACGCUGGAGAUCGUCAAUCUCUUCCAGAACAACCUCUCGGGGCCAGUGCCGGUGAGUUUCUCCGCCAUGCCCAGGCUGCGCACCCUAGCGCUGUGGAGGAAUGGGCUAUCCGGGACUGUUGAUCCGCGGCUGGGCACAGCCUCGAAUCUAACGGCUGUGGACCUGUCCACCAAUGCGCUCUCGGGCUUGAUCCCUCCGGCGCUCUGUGCCAAUGGGGGCCUCUUCAAGCUCAUCCUCUUCGACAAUGCGUUUGAGGGGCCGAUCCCCGACGGUAUCGCGCGCUGUGCCAGCCUCAAGAGGGUGAGGAUCCAGAACAACCGCCUCACUGGGAACGUUCCCGGAUCGCUACCGCUGCUAGAGGAGCUCUACUUCCUCGACAUGUCCAACAAUCGCUUGUCCGGGAGCAUUGCCGGGCUGAAUUGGAGCUGCCCAUCGCUGCAAAUCCUCUCGCUCCAGCAGAACUCGAUCGAGGGAGAGAUCCCCGCCGCGAUCUUCCAGCUUCCAGCGCUGGUGGAGCUCCAGCUCGGCGCCAACGAGUUCCGUGGAGAGAUCCCGGCCACGAUCGGCGAAGCCCAGCUCCUCACCGAGCUGGAUCUCAGCGGCAACUAUCUCUCCGGCGGGAUCCCAUCGCAGAUCGGGCAUUGCUCCAGGCUUGUGUCCAUCGAUCUUAGCGAAAACAUGCUCACUGGAUCCAUCCCGGCUUCGCUCGGACAUAUCUCCACGCUGAGCUCGCUGGAUCUCUCGAGAAAUCUCUUGGAGGGCGGGAUCCCUGCGACGCUGGCAUCGAUGCAAUCGCUGGAGUUCCUCAACAUCUCCGAGAACAGGCUCUCUGGAGCGUUUCCUUCCUCCGGAGCUCUCUCGGCCAUCGUCAACUCGAGCAGCCUGGCGGGAAACGAGCUAUGCAGCACGACACGUCAGCUCGGCUUGCCGACUUGUCGGUCGCUAACGAGUGCCACGUACGCGCUGAGCUGGAUCCUUGGUGUUGGGCUGUGCCUGUGCGUGGCGGCCGCGCUGGCCUACCUCGUCCUCCUCUUUCUCAAUCGCCGGAGGCGUCACGUACGUCCCCAGCUCGAGGAAGAUCUCAAGGCUUGGCAUCUGGUUCUGUUCCACAAGCUGCGAUUGAACGGCGAAGAGAUAGUUUCGAGCUCCAGUUCUUCAUCGUCUGACGUCUUCGUGGCCAGCGAUCAAGGUGGCAACGUUUUUAGCGUGAAGAAGUUUCUCAGGAGCAGUGGUCUGGGCUCGGACUCCGAGCUGAUGCGGCGGAUGGAAGCGGUGUCGAGGCUCCGGCACGAGAAUGUGGCAAAGGUUCUGGGGAUUUGCACGGGGAAGGAGUCGGCUAUGGUUCUCUUCCAGCAUUUGCCGCAAGGUAGCCUUGCUUCGGUUCUCUUCCCCGGGGAGAAACCAGACGCUGGCGCUCUGGGAUGGAACGAGAGGUAUGACAUUUGCCUUGGAACAGCGAGGGGGCUCGCAUUUCUUCACAGCAGGCCGGAGCGGAUCCUCCACGGGAGCCUCUCGCCUCACUCGGUGUUCCUCGACGUCAGCUCAAGGCCAAAGCUUCUUGUGGAAUUUGCAACCUUGGAAGGCCACUGCUGCUACUUAGCUCCAGAACUGAGCCAUAGUAAGAUCUUGACCGAGAAGACGGACGUCUACGCAUUUGGGAUCACUGUUCUAGAGCUCCUCACUGGGAAGCAAGCCAGCAAGAACAAAAGUGGCGGCAGAAUCGCGGAUUGGAUCGAACGCUGCAUUGUCGAGAAAGGUUGGCAGGCUGGAGACCAGAUUCUGGACGUGAGCACGGCGGGACACUCUCCUCAGGUGGAUGCGGAGAUGAUGCGUGUGGUGAAGAUCGCGCUGUGCUGCACAAAGCCAUCGCCGGCCGAGAGACCUGCAAUGGCGCAAGUUGUCAAGCUUCUGGAAAAUGCCAGGCAAAGUUUGCCGAGGUUGGUGCAAAUGAUGGAAGUUUAGAGCAAGCUUCUUAAAUAGAAUAGGAUUUGAGCUUAUGAAUCAUAAAAGGCAUCUGGUAAUUUCUUUA